AUGCUUUUAUCCAAGAUCUUGCAAAUCACGAUCCUUACUAUGCUUGCUCAAUCUUAUCCUCUUGGCUCCUUGGAAGACCGAGAAGCCACUGACCAAGGUGCUCUCGCCAAAAGAGCAAGUGCAGGAAAAUCAGAAGAAGUCUUACAGACUCACAAGAAAACAACUGCAGAAGAUAAAUCUUCCAGUUCUGGUAAAGAGAAAAAUAAAAGUGGCUCAUCUAAUAGUGCUGAAUCAAAAUCCAAUGGCGACAAAGCAAGCAGUGGUUCCUCCAAUGGUGGCAUACAAAAGCCUGCUAGUGACGACACAACCAACAGCGACUCCUCUUCCAGUAAAAAAACAAGCAGUGGCACUUCCAAUGGUGGCAUACAAAAGCCUGCUAGUGACGAAACAACCAACAGCGACUCUUCUUCCAGUAAAAAAACAAGCAGUGGCACUUCCAAUGGUGGCAUACAAAAGCCUGCUAGUGACGAAACAACCAACAGCGACUCUUCUUCUAACAAAAAAACAACCAACAGCGGAUCGUCUGCUGACACGCCAACUAAAGUUGAUCUGGCUGAGAAAACUGCUACAACAACUUCUGGUGAAAAAACAAACAGUGGUUCCUCCAAUGGUGGCAUACAAAAGCCUGCUAGUGACGACACAACCAACAGCGACUCCUCUUCUAACAAAAAAACAACCAACAGCGGAUCGUCUGCUGACACGCCAACUAAAGUUGAUCUGGCUGAGAAAACUGCUACAACAACUUCUAAAUCGAUUAAAUCUAAAGUAAUGAGUGGCGUUAAGAAUGCUGGUGAGCUUGCUGUUGCUGGUGGUGCCAUUGCCGCUUUGGGAGGCCAAUUUGCAGACAGUGGUUCUGAUUCCGCUGAUGCCUCUACCUCUGCUUCUGCCGCAGCCUCAUCGAGCACAUGCGUUCCAUCAGCCGAGAACUUGUGUCCUGUUGGCGAUGGUACCUAUACCGACAGCGAAGGUGACAUCUACAAUUCUCUCGGUCUGUUAAUCAGUUCUGCCACUGCCACUGCCACCGCUACUGCCACUGCCACUGAUAGUGUUACUGACACUGCCACUGCUACUGCCGCCUGA